AUGGAAGCCUCUCAGGCCUCCGCAAUUGGCGCUCAAACCUCAGGCUUCCAUCUGCGUCAGUUCGUCUCCUCUCUGAUAUCGGCCAUACCACCUACAACCGACCAAGUUUCGGCGAAUCCGUUGAAGGACCUGCCGCCGAAAGGAAAAGGCAUUUUCCUGACCUUGUACGCGCUCUUUGAGAAAGAAUGGCUCCCCGCGCUUGACCUGCUGGACCGUGGCCUGAUUGCUCGACUCAAGCCCAAGCCAACCUCGAACGAAACCUGUUCUUCGCAGGACCACAACGAAUCCAGCUGUUCUUUCUUCCUGGUGCGCUCGGCUCAGCAGCAUAAUACGCGAAAUGCAUCAUACGAGCAUGUGAACUACUACGAAGUUCGCUUGGAUGCUUGGAGCUGCUCAUGCCCAGCCUUCACCUUUUCCGCAUUUCCAGCUUCCAUGCCGUCUUCAGACACAGAAGAUCAUCAAGAUGAGGCUCCUAUGCAUGAGAGAGCGGGCGUGGUAUUCGGAGGCCUUACUCUCGGCACCGAUAUGCCUGUGUGUAAGCACCUUCUCGCGUGCGUACUGAUCGAGCAUUGCCAGAUGUUCGCCCACUUUGCGGACGAGCGUGAAGUGUCGUUGGAGGAGAUGGCUGGAUGGACUGCGGGCUGGGGCGAUUAA